AUGGGAAAUCCCGGUUUAGUUGAUUAUAGACCGUCGUUACACAUCGCUCCCAUGCUUGAUGUUACGUAUUUGCAGUUCAGGCAAUUUAUGCGGCUACUCACAAAAAGAACACAUCUAUGGACUGAGAUGUUUGUUGGAUCAGCUUUGAUUAAUGCUCCAGAGGACGCAGUACACAAGUGGAUGAAGUUUGACCAAAAUGAACACCCAAUUGUCGCUCAACUAGGUACUGCCCACGAUAGAAUUAAAUUUGCAGGAGGGAACUGCUCGGAAACGCUAAUAGAGGCCGGAAAGAUAGUUAAACAAUUCGGCUACGAUGAAAUAAAUAUCAAUGCUGGGUGUCCCAGUCCCAGAGUAUCUGGCAAAGCAGGCUGCUUCGGAGCAUAUUUGAUGAAGGAAAAGGAGCUGGUCAGGGACAUUGUACAUGACAUGAUGAGGCAACUGGACAUGAGGGUUACUGUGAAAACGAGGCUGGGCGUCGACGAGUGCGACUCGUACGACUUCGUCAAGGACUUCGUCUCCACCGUCUCACAGUCAGGCUGUGACCACUUCAUAAUCCACGCCAGAAAGGCAUGGCUGCGGGGAAUCAAUCCCAAGAAGAACAGGACGGUCCCGCCCCUGCAGUACGAAAAGGUGUACAGGCUCCAGCAGGACUUCCCUGACAUCAAGUUCACCAUCAACGGCGGAUUCAAGACCAUGGACGACAUCCUGGGGGCAAUCAACUCAGAAAACGCCGACGACCACAACGUUCCUCACAAACUCGACGGGGUUAUGAUAGGCAGACUCGCCUACGAGAACCCCUGCAUACUGGCCAAUGUGGACAGGCUGAUUUACGGCGAGGAUAAUCCUCCGACCUGCGCCACCAGAAGAAUUUUAUUAGAGAACUAUGCGAAGUACAUUGACGAAACUGAGGAGGAAAACCGGGAUAUGAAUAUCGCAAUGGUGGUAAAGCCAAUACUGGGUGUUUUUCACGGGGAGCAGGGGUCGAAGUUUUAUAGGCAGGCUUUGUCGAACACCUACGAGUACGGCGACUUUGAGUACCCUAGCGGAGACUCUAAGCACUCGAUGUUUAUACACCAGGCAAUUGAUCUGAUGGACAGGAUUAACCCCGAGGCCCUGGACAAACCUCUGUUUUAG